AUGGGAGACGACCGGUGCGAACUCCCCACACCCGGCUAUCUCGGGAUCCGCUGCAGAGAGGUGCUGGGGUUGCAGGACGAUUGGGGCAGUCUGGUCAUAACGGCACAAAGGCAAGGAAGUCGACAGGGCGGCAAUGCCCAAGGGCCGAGGGGAGCAGUGCCUAAGCGGAGGCGCUGUGGCUGCGGGGGCGAAAGGAACCUGCGGUCGCGCUCUCUGGCUCUGGGGGAUCUGCGCGGCGGUUAUGACCCUGCCGCUACGGACCAAGCCCGCCAGUCCCGCAGCUUAUUCAGCGCGUCGGAAUGCGUGGCUGCUGAGCGCCGGCAGUAUGUUGGUAAACAGACGCCGGGUCGCAGGAGGUGCCGCCCGGCGCCCAGCCGGCCCAGCACGCGCGCGGCGCGCACGCCCCCGCGGGGCGCCCUGGGCCAGGCACGCCGCGACCGCCGCGACUGCGUCUCACCGCCACCGCACCCCCGGCACCCCGCCCCGUCCUCGCUUCCGCUUCCGGCAGGGGCCCGGGUUCGGUUGCGACACCGCAGCUCCUGCAGGCCCCCGAGGCCCAAGGAGGGAUCUGCCGUCUGGGCUUCAGCCAGUGCGGCGCCCCGCCUUUCCUGGCGCCGCGUCCUCUCCUUUAGUGAAAGGGGCUCGCUUGGAGAACUCCAGCACGGAAGCGAGGGCCUGGGAGCCGACAUCGGGGUCCCGGCUGGGGGACCCGGCAACCCCGAGAGCUGGGGAGUCAGCCAAGCCUUGAGCCCUUUGGCUGGCCUUGGCCCCAGCCCGGUGCGGGAGCGGGAAACGGCCGGGUUGGGGGCGCGGGAGUUCCGGGCCGGUGUCCCAGCCCCGGGCCUGUCGGGCGGACAGACCUCGGGACGCUGCGCUGGAUGCCCGCGGGGAGCGCGAAGAGCUGGCGGGAGGCCCAAAGCCAACCCGUCUGCAACGAAGUCGGGCGCCUGGAACGAAGGCAGCUCAUCUGGUUUCUCCAGACUUUUCCAGACCCCCGCACGGAACUUAGGGCGUUCCGCCCAAGUCUCCAUCGCCCAGCCCCGGACGGAAGCCGCUGGUAGGACGUGGCUGGAGUGGGAACAGCACCUAGCGAGCACCGAUGAAGAAGAGGGUAGAAGCAAGCAUGACAGAGAAUUUCCAGGCCUGGGCAACCAGAGGCGCCUGCAGAAAAGCCGAGUGUUUGAUUCAGAGAUUUGGGCGUUUGGCGGGCGCUGCCCCGGGGGGCGCGACCGCAGAGCCGAGCGCCCCUGUAAUUUCCGCGGGGAGCUGACCGGCUCAAACACGGCCCCGCGGUGCCCCGACCGCAGGCCCCGAGACCGGAGACGGCGCCCAGACGGCCUUGCCCGGGUCGUGGGAGCGCCGCUGGGGCGGCCUCCUCCGAGGGCCCAGCCUGGCCCCGCCGCCUCCUCCACGCAGCCCAAUGCCACCAAGAAGCCUGGUGCUGCCCCCAUCGCUGCAUCUCUAAAAACCUAUCCCUCGCAUCUCUAA